UAUGAAAAAACCCGGAAGUGCUGUUUUGAUUGCGUCAUAAAGAAGCGCCGCUGCUGGUGUUUUGGUGUUGUUCGGCGGAAAACGAUAACAUCGGGUUUUAAUAACAUUUUGGUCGUUACGCUGAGGGUCAACGAUGGGGAAAUCUUUUGCUAAUUUCAUGUGCAAGAAAGAUUUUCAUCCUGCUUCAAAAUCCAACAUAAAGAAGGUAUGGAUCGCAGAGCAAAAAUUAACCUUCGAGAAGAAGCAGCAGGAGGAAUUGAUGCAGGCUUACCUGAAGGAGCAGGACACGUACAACAACAGACUGUUGAUGGGAGAUGAUCGUGUGAAAAAUGGCCUUAAUUUUAUGUAUGAAGCACCUCCUGGAGCAUCUAAAGAGGAGACUAAAGAGGGAGGAGAGUCUGAGUACAAGUUUGAGUGGCAGAAAGUAGCUCCUCGUGAAAAGUAUGCAAAGGAUGACAUGAAUAUUCGAGAUCAGCCUUUUGGCAUUCAGGUGCGUAAUGUGCGCUGCAUUAAGUGUCAUAAAUGGGGUCAUGUGAACACGGAUCGUGAGUGUCCUCUCUUUGGUCUGUCGGGGAUCAACGCCAGCUCUAUGGCCAGUGAUGAAGCAGGUCCGUCGAUGCACCCCUCCGAGUUAAUGGCAGAGAUGCGAAACAGUGGCUUUGCGCUGAAGAAAUGUGUCCUUGGGAGGGACACGACCAUGAGUGAUCCAGCACAGGAGUUUGUGGCUAGCGAGGAAGAAGACGACCCUGAGGUGGAGUUCCUGAAAUCUCUGUCUACCAAACAGAAACAGAAACUGCUUAGAAAACUUGACCGUCUUGAAAAGAAAAAGGAGAAGAAGAAGAAGAGCAAAAAGGAGAAAAAGAAGAGCAAAAAGAAGCAGAAAAAGAAGCAAGCGAAGAGUGAGAGUUCAUCCAGCAGCUCCUCAGACAGCAGUGACAGCAGCAGCGACUCUGACGAUGACAAACACUCCGGAAAGAAAGCCAAGAAGAAGAGGAAGAGAAGGAGGGACUCCUCCAGCGACAGCAGCUCUGAGCAGGGCAAAGAACGCGCCCACAGUCUGGACUCCAAACACACACAUCCCAAACACAGUAGAGAAGAGGCAGAGAGCAAGGACAGCAGAGAGAGAUGGAGGGAGGACAAAGAGAGAGGUAAAGAUAAACACAGGAGCAGGAGUAGGGAGAGGAGGAGAGAAAGAAGCAGGAGCAGAAGCCCUCAGCGAAGGAGAGAUGAGAAAGAAAGAGGUAAGGAGAGGCGCAGGAGCACGAGCAGGGAGAAAAGAGACCGGAGUAGAGAACAGAGGGAAAGAAGCAGAAGUCGGGACCGAGAGAGAAACUGUGAUAGAAAUGUCAAAAGGAGGAGUGUCAGUCGGGAACGAGGGAGGGGCUCAGAAAAACACGGCAGAAGUGAUGGCAGAGAUGCAGAGAGGAAGAAAUGAGUAGUCCAUCUGACACCAUCAUUACUUUGUCUUUAAUCUCAGAUUAAAGGAUUCAUUCAAAGGAAACUUCUUACAUCAUUUACUCCCCCUCAUAUCAUUCCAAACCCUGACCAUUUAUAAAUACCCUAGCCGUUCUUUUUUUUUUUUUUUUUUGUAUAUUAUACCUUAAUAGCUCCAAAAUGACAAAGCAGCACCUUAAAGGGAUAGUUCACCAAAAAAUGAAAAGUUUGUCAUCAUUUACUCACCCUCAUGUUGUUCCAAACCCAUAUGAGUUUCUUUCUUCUGUUGAACACAAAAGAAGAUAUUUUGAAGAAAGUUGGUAAUCAAACAGUUGAUGUAGCCAUUGAUUUCCAUAGUAGGAAGAAAAAAAAUACUAUGUCUACCAUCAACUGUCUGGUUAACAACAUUCUUCAAAAUAUCUUCUUCUGUGUUCAGCAGAAGAAAGAAACUCAUACAGGUUUGGAACAACUUGAGGGUGAGUAAAUGAUGACAGAAUUUUCAUUGUUGGGUGAACUAUCCCUUUAAUAGAGGUCCAUGUGGCUCUUGUGCUGUAUUACACAUCUUUUAAAGUUAUUUUUUGUGUGACAGAAAAGUGAAAUUCAAGUCAUUAUUUUUGUAAACAUUCCCUUUUAGUUGAAGUUCUCUUGGUCACCUGAGAACCAAUGACACUUGGUCAUAUUUGGUAUCAAGAGCUUUAGCGAAGGGCAGGAUUUUUUAGUGAGAGAUGACUUUAAAGUUAGUCUGUCACAAAGUUAUGACAUUCAGAGGACUAUAGUGCUUUUAUUCUUUUUUCAUUUUCGUAACUUGAUAGACGUCACUGAACUGCUGUUGUAACGAAAUGAGAUGUUUAAAUAUAGAUAUAUUUUUAAUUUCCUUUUCUGUUUGAGUCUUUAGAGUUUGGACCGACAUGAGGGGUACUAAAUGAUGACAGAAUCUCAAAUGUUUUGGGUAAAUUGUUUGCUUUCCCAAUGGUUUUCCAUUGACGGGCAGCACUGGGGAUUUCUCCAGAAGAGGGCGCCAUGAGAAUGUAGAAACUGAACCUGUUAUAGACCUAGAAUUAAAAGGACGUUUGACUCAUUCUUUCAAUUCUUUCAGUGUUUUCAAUAUGUUUGCUGUAGUCCUGCUUCUACACAUGUUCUCUUUUCUCUAAGCUUUAGCCCUCCUCAAAUGUAAUGUUUGUUUGACUCCUUGAAGGGGUGUAUAUUCCACACAUAAUACCUUGAAUGAUUUGUUUUGCAGUUUGUUCAUUAAACUAUGAUUUAUGGUU